GCUGAGUGAAAAACGAGCUUCCUGAGUGGUCUUCAUGCUACGGUCCGCUGCACUGUAUUUCCGAAUCUUCAAGUGUUUGCAUGAGCCCAUAAAAAUUAUUAUCAAGUACCCAAGGUUGAUACUAACGCUUGGGAGUUUUACACGGUGCGCAGCAAUUUUACCUUGCUCUCGGCUGCUGUGUGUGCGACAUCAUCCCGUAGAGAGGGGCCGUUAUAGAUUGACGUUAUAAAACGGCCGUGCACUGCCUUUGAUUACACUGUACACACUGUCCCAACAUUAUAAGUGUUAUGCAGUUGCACUGCUUAUUGUGUCAUCAGCUGUAGUAAAGCAUCAUGUUUCUCGAUGCACGAGUUCUUGUUGUACUCUUACCUGCCGCCUGCUUAGCUACCUUCGACUUGACUGUACUUCACACAAACGAUGUGCAUGCUCGGUUUGAGCAGUUCACCGAUAAAGGAGGUAACUGCAAAGAUGAGGAUUCCAUGGACGGGGAGUGCUUCGGCGGAGUGGCCAGGAGAGUCACCAAGGUGCGGGAAAUACGAGCUCAAGAAGAUAAUGUGAUCCUCUUGGAUGGCGGUGACCAGUUUCAGGGAACAAUGUGGUUUUACCUCUACAAGGGCCGGGCCACUUCACACUUCAUGAAUGCCAUCGGAUAUGACGUCAUGGCUAUCGGGAACCACGAGUUCGACAAUGGGCCAGCAGGUCUAGAACAAUUUCUACUUGACGUCAAUGCAUCGGUGGUCAGCUGCAAUAUCGACGCAAGCAAAGAACCAAGCAUUAAUGGCCUCUUCACCAAGAGUACAGUCUUGACAAUCGGCGGGGAAAAGAUUGGGGUAGUCGGGUACACACUCACCCAGACCCCAGAGAUAUCUACAACGAAAGAGUUAGUGUUCAGUGAUGAGAUACCCGCCAUACAGGCUGAGGUUGAUCGACUCAUAGUGGAGGAAAACAUCAAUAAGAUCAUCGCUUUGGGCCACGCUGGUCAUAACAUGGACAAGAAGAUUGCCAAGGAGGUUCAAGGAGUCGACGUAGUUGUCGGUGGUCACUCUAAUACAUUUCUCUACAAUGGUACACAACCUGAUUCAGAUAAACCAAACGGAGUUUAUCCAACUGUCGAGCACCCUGACUCCGAUACAAGCGGCAAUGUACUGGUUGUUCAGGAUUACACAUUUGGAAAAUACCUGGGGCGUCUGCACGUAACAUUUGACGACAGUGGAAAGAUCACCAGCUGGGAAGGCAACCCUAUUUUGCUGGAUAACAACGUCGAAGAAGAUCCGGGAACUCUGGGGGAGAUUAAGGAAUGGGGUGAAGAGGUCGGGAAUGUAUCCAGGGAGUACAUUGGAAGGACCAACGUUCUUUUGAAAAGCGACUGCCGGACAAACGAAUGCAAUUUGGGAAAUAUGUUGACUGAUGCCUACGUAAGCUAUGGAACCCACGACCUUGUGAAUGGGACUCGUCAGAAUGACGUCACCAUUGCGAUUAUUAAUGGUGGAUCAAUAAGAACACGUCUGUCAGCAGGUGAUAUAACUGUUGGUGACAUAACGACUGUGAUACCAUUUGGCAACACAGUCGACACAAUCACCAUUAAAGGGAUGUUCAUCCUGGAAGCGUUGGAACACUCAGUGGCAAAGUACUCUGAAGUCGAGCCAGGUGGAGAGUUCCUCCAAGUUUCUGGAUUGCUAGUAACCUACGAUCUCUCUAAAAGUCCCGGUAGUCGAGUGGUCAAGGUUGAGGUUCGUUGCAGCAUUUGCGAAGUCCCAGACUUUGCCCCCCUUGAUCCGAACGAAGAAUACAAAGUUCUAAUGAACAACUUCCUCGCUGAGAUAGGUGGAGACGGUUACAACAUGCUACGGUACAACCAUACUGUGCGUAUUUCUGGUAAUCUAGACAUAAUGGUUGCCACUGAAUAUAUCAAACGUUUGACUCCAUUGACGACAGGGCUGGAGAGACGGAUCACAUUCGUAGAGAAUGACGACAACCCUUGCGGUGAUGGGUCAACCUCUGGUGGUCGUCAUGAGACUGGAGUUUCGGCUAUGCUGCUCCCAAUACUUAUCUUCGCGUUUUACCUUACUUUAUAGCUAUCCGGUAGCUAGGGUGUAGGUUUAAAAGUAGUACCUGUAUUGUGUGUGUAUUGAAAGUGUUAUAGGUUGUUAUUAGGUAAGAUAUUAUAGGCAGUUGCUUUAUAAUAGUUUAAACAUGCCGCUACUUCAGAAUAGGAACAAGGGUCAACAAUUUAGAUACUACAGUAUAGACCUCCCCUACUAGAACAAGUCUUACAUCGAUUUGUUUCAGGAAAGUGCAUCUCUAUACUAACUUGUGGAAGAGGAGCCAAUGUCGUGGUAAAGGUAUAAAACAUAACACUGUGUCCAAAACUGCUUCCCCCAAAACUCAGGUGUAUGAAUGAGAACACACUCAUAACCCAUUGUCUUGACCCUGCGUGUCCCAGUUGGCCUGACCCACUUCGGUCAGCUUGACAACUUUUAGGCUCGUUAUCACACAGAAAAUAUUUCAGGGUCACAAUUGGCCCAAAAAUGAUUAAAUUCCUACCAAAAACAGCAACAAGUGAUAUAUUUAUUUUGCUAAUUAAAUUUAGAAUGUUUUCAAUUAAGAAAAUCUAAGUUAGAAUUCGAUUAAACAGGUUUUACAUCUCAUUAAAUUCUUAUAUAGACUCAGGGCGUUGAGAACGUUUGCAUAAUGGUCUAAAACAGUUGCUGAUGAUCAAGGAUAAUUGAUCUUGCUAUUUGAAUACGUAAACUAUAGAGAAGCAUCAUUAUUCGAUUGUGGUUUUCCUUUUAAAAUAAAAAUGUUAAACCACAUCAGACUGCGAA